UUUAGUCAAUAAAAUUGCAAAAGAAACUGUUUUUUAGCGACUGCCACUUACUAUCAUUAGUGUGCUUUACCUCCAAAGAGGGCGUGGUCGUAUGGGAGAAGGAAGUGACGUCAGAUUACGCCACAAUUUAUUUGCCAUUUAUUUUCCAUUUCUGUAAACCAUUUCACCCCCCCCCCCCCCCCCCAGAUAUUGCAAGUUUAUCCUCACAUAAGCGUUAGCGAAUUUUACAUUAAAGGUAUUUGAGAUAAAUUUAACUGUAUCCAGACUUUAAGUUACUCUGUUGCUAGGCAACAAAAUUCAAACACGCGCUCUACCCAGCGUCCAACGGCUGCGUUAGUUGUUGUGCCAACCGCCAAAAAGAAAAAGACGAAGGACAGGAAUAAGUUGUAGCAAGCUUGCGUCGAAGUUUAUUAAUAUACGAGUACUUAUGAGGAGAAGACGACAGUUAUACGUCGAAGAAAGGUUUAAAACUUGCUGGGUUACCGUCUCAGUGUUGCUGUACGAUUAAUAUGGCCGAAGGAAGUACGUUUAACCACCUGAAACACACGGAAAGGUGUCCCAACGGGCCAACGGUGAGUCAACUCUCCUCCCAGUCGGCCCAGCUAACGCUUGGUUGGUUUAGUUUAAUAUUCACAGCAGCAUAUCUUUAAGAUUAAAUCGAGUAAAAAAACAUUUUACUUUACCACCAGGCUGGGAAACUCAUACCUGAAGGAGACAGAGCAAAGGCCUGCUUACAAGAAGUGGCAAGGGUAAGUCCAGUUUGAGUAACAGCAUGUGUGGGCCUGGGCCCUGUCUAAGUCAUGGAGCUGCAAAGUGUUUUAUAUUUAACCUUCCUCCUGUGUUAGCUUUUACUACACACCCAAUAUGUGAAGGGUCGGUUUUGACCCGUGUCUUAAAUCAGCUGUAAAUUAUACUAAAAACUGUUUUCUAUUAUCCAGUUUGGUUCUCAUCUCUAGGUUAACUUGUUAGGCUUCAUUAUCCAUGAAAAUAUUGCUUAUAAUAUUUUUCUUUGUGGUCCUCUGGGCCUUUCUUUGUCAGUAUACUCCUCACACAGACUGGUGUUGUUUGUGCAGCGAAAAAAAGGCAAGAUGAGAAUUUCCUAAAUCUCACAUGAUUGGAAGAGGAUCUGACUGUCAGUGUGGUGCCUGGCAGUGCACUUAUGAUUUUAGCUUUUGCUCUAAUUAUUAGUUAUUAAUCUAACCGGGUCAACAGUGACCCAAACACAACAAGUACUAUAAUUUUGAUAAGAGCAUUUUAUAAUUUAGUCAAUUUAAAUUUUUAUUUUGUCGAAAUAGAGUUUCCUGACAAAGUCAAAAAGUAUUGAUGCAAAAAAGCUAAUUUUAGUGGUUCUUCUAAGCAUUUAAAAACAAAAAUGGGUCGGUGCAGACCCUAACAGAGGUGGAGGGUUAAGGGUUGAGUACAUUGUAUGUUAGUUUAAUAUGUGGGUGUCUGAGCUCAACUGAAGACAAGGUACUAAAAUAUGAUAAUUAUCAGCUUAAAAAGCAGGAGAUGUAUGCCCAUUCUUGGUAUUAAACAGUGUUAACUGUUGUAUUUUUCAGCCUUCUACCCCGCCAGUGGUCAGGAAGUUUCGCAACAGCACCCAGCCAGAACCAGGAGCUAUCCGAGUGCACCGAGGAAAGGCUAACGAUCCAGAUGUUGCCAGCACCCUUGUCCACGGCAUCAGCACCAAAACUUCCCUUACUGUGAGUCAUUCAUAAAUUAGAUACACUUACUUGCUCUGGGAUAAAAAAAAUAAAUAAACAAGUUUUAUUUAGUUAAAACAACUUUAUUUAUAACCUUUAGGGCAACUGGUUUUAGUGCAGCAUGGCAAAAAUUGAAUAGAGCAACGCAGAGUACACAAGAAACUAUGCACAAAAGCAAAAAAAGUAUGAAAUAAUAUCUUAAAAGACUACCCAAUAAGAUAAGAUAAGAAUAGAUAUACAACUUUAAAUAGACUGCUUGAUUAGUAAACUAUAUGAAUGCAGUUAAAAAAUCCAAAGGAAAAUCUAAUGAUUCAGUUGCAGGAGGAAAUUUAAUUUUGAUUCAUACCCACAUGUAUUCUUUUAUUUUUGUAUGAUUAUUACAGGGCAAAAGCUUGCUAAAUCCUCCCCAAAAGACCUUGUUCCAACAGAAGUUGGAAGAGCUCAGUGAAGCAAGUUACAUCUCCUCUAAAAAAGCACCUCUGGGAAAGUCUCAUGCUCUGCGUUCUGGCCUCCCCAGCUGGUUUGAUGACAGAACAACAUUUGGUGUGAAGACAGAAAAAGGUAUGUGUGCUGUCAGAUAAGGGCACUGAUGGUGUAGUUGGAAAAAAAGAGUUAAAAGUCUGGUAACAUGAACUUGAAAUUUCAAGAAUUCCAUCUUGUUGUAAAGAAUCAUGUCGCUUGUUGUUUAGAGACAGAUGUGCGAGAGAUUAUUCAACCUCCAAAAACGACCGAAGAAUUAGAGAAGGAAGCUGAAGAGGCACAUGAGUCCUACAUUCGCAGCCACAAUGCCUAUUUUGUUGGUAGGAAGAACAAAAUUAUAACAUUAUGAAAAGAAGACUUUCUAAUUGUCUAAUCAAUGACAUUUUAUAAUUAUGAUUGGGAUCUCUGCCUUCCACCACAAUGAAACUGCCUCAUUCUACCUCAGGAGAGAGGAUUGACAGGAAGUAUGACUGGAGUCGCUUCGGUAAAGACAGCAGGUUUGGGAUCCUCACACCUCAUUUUAAUGAUGGACGGGAAAUGUGUAAAACUCUACGCUGGCUGGGGGAGUCUCAGAAGUAAGACCUCAAAAAGCUUUUUGUGUGUUUUGGUCAUUUUCACAACUCAAGGUUUUCAUUCAGCAAAUAUUCGACAGAGAAGAAAAUAAUCUUGCCUGACCUUGCACUUGUGUUGCAGGUUUUAUGAUUCUAAGUUUCUUUUGAAGAGAUCUGCAAACAGGGAGAAAUUGAUGGCACAAAUCGGAGGAACAAACAUCACGUAAGUGUCUGUCAUGGUUCUCCAGACCAUCUCUGUGACCUCUGAUAUACUUGACUGGCUGUAAUUUUCUUAUCUUUUCAGGAAAAGAAAACCAUUGAGAGAAAAUCCAGAUCAAACCUCUGGAAAACUCAUGCCUGCAGAUAAAUUUGGUACAAGUGAUGUCAAAUUAUUCUUUCCAUAUCUCAGCAGAUAAUCUUGUCAGCUCAAAAAAAGGAGACUUUUAUCAUUUUUGCAUUCUGUACAGGAGUUGGGGAAAUAAUUCACUCCACAGAGCCAGGCCAGUUCACAAGAAGCCGAGACUGGGACCGAAAGCACAGCUUGGUCCAAGCAGUACGACAUCACCUCAAGACGAUUAACUUCCAAAACUUCACCUCUCUGCUGGAGGCCUUCAGACACUAUGACAAGGUAGGAAUGGAAUCACCGCAGACUGAUAAUGAAAAGAGUCAAACCACAGGCCUGUCUGCUGGGGGAACAUCUAUCUUAAUAUAAAAAUCCCAGGUGUAUAGAACAGCACUGAGAAAGAGUCAUUAUCAUUUAAGCAAGUGCAGCCAUUAUUACCACACCUGGGUGUGAAGACUAUGACUUUUAAUGGUACUUUGAUUCCUCUGUCGUCUCACUCUAAGUUGCUCUGUAUUUCUUUGUGUACAUUUUAUGCAAAUUACUAGAAAGGCAAAGGAAAGAUUGACAAAGAAGACCUGCAGGCAGUGUGCAGUCAGUUCCAGCUGGGAGUGAGUCGGCAGGUUUUGGACGACCUGAUGGAGUACUGUGACCUAGACAAGGACGGGCUUAUUAACUUCCUGGAGUUUGCUAACUUUCUCAACUGGAAGGACAAGAUGCCCAUCAAGAGUAGGCGUGAGCUGAGCAGUAUAACAAAUGGUCAGUUGAUGGUGUAUCAAAAUAUGCUGUCAUCAGAUUUUGGACACAAAAGCCCAAGUUUUCAGGGAUAUAGAAGUUUCUUUGAGAGGCUGACUCACUGAGAUAAUUUCCUCUGUCUCAUCUCCAGCAGACCGUCAGACCAGCUCGGCUCCAGCCACCAUAGAGAGGAAGCCUCUGUUACAAUCAGCACAGCCUCCGACCUCUGAGACCCUAAUCAAGCCUGAGGACCUGGAACCUGUUGAAGCAGGCAGCUCAUGGCGAACUGUCAGGACCCUGAGUCGACCCAGGGCAGCUCCAGACCACUUUGUGACGUCCUCCUCUCUCAUUGGGGCUGUGAGUGACGGUCGGCUGACAUCAAGUAAGUUAGAAAUGUGUAAAUAUGAGUUGGUUCUGUUCUAGAGAAUGUGUCCUGUUUUGGUUGAGUUUUCUAACAGGUACAGAUAAACUUGUGGCCUCAUUAUAACGGUAUCUCAGUGGAAUUUUAAGUUAAAAGCAUGUUUGUAAAUCAAUUGGCUGAAUGUGUUGUGCACAGACACACAGCCAGGGAUCCAGCUUUUGAUUUGAUAGCAGCUUUUUUUCUGGAUCUACCACUAAGAGCUUCUCUAAAUCCUUCUUUACAAAGGCAGCCGCACCUUUGGGAUCCCCUCUGUGCGCUCAGACCUUCCUGUACCCCGUAUAAAGAGCGUCGGUGACCGUACCAACUAUGGCGAUACAUCCACUGUGAGAGAUCUCCUCCAUCCAUCAGCUUAUGCUGCUCAGGGUGUUCAUGAGGAACACCUCCUUUGCCCUCGCACCAAAAAAGAGGUAUGAAUUAUAAACAAGAAUGGCAGCAUUGUUUAUCUUCACUACAAAAUGAGAUUUUCUCUGACAAAAUGAGAAAAUAUUGAAGCGAACACUUUCAACCCCAUCCUCACAGAUCACAGACAUCUUUAAGAAUUUGAGUUUGAACAUCUCUGACGAGACCUUCGAGGAGGCCUGGAAGCUAGCGUCCAUGAAGCAUCCAUCCGGGGAGGUUUGUGUGGAGUCUUUGCAUAACGUACUCAAGGAAAUAAAAGCAUUGUAACAAUCAAGUUAUUCUUACCUGCACAGUUUAUGCGGAGGAUAGAAUUUUACACCAAUUGACAUGUGAGUGCGACUAUGACGUAUUGAAGAAAACAGAGCUAGAGUCAGCUAACGCCGACUGUCAAAGCUCACAGACAAAGUUUAGGCUUUAUACUAUCUACAGUGUAACAGUGGAAGUCUGACGAGUGAGAUCUUUGCUUUUCUGAAAAGCAUUUUUAUGACAAUAUUCAAGAGCCUUGGCGACCAAACUUAGUAGAGAGGACACUCUAAACACAAUUUAUUCAAACCAUCACCACUUUCCUUUUAAACUAUUGCAUUAUUAUUUCAUUCUGGAAAAACACGAGUGCUGAAACAAAGUCAACAAAGACACACAAGCUGCUGCUGUACACUUUAAAAUGCACAAGCAGGAUUUAAAAAUAUGUAUAUUUUCUUCAUCAGUGUGAUGCUUUACUGGGAAUCAGUCUAUAUCUAAGUUGUAUUUAAAUCAAUCAGAUCAACAACCACCAUUUGUUUGACACAGUAUUGCAUGAUGUGUUUAAGCAACAUUGAGGUAUUAUGGAGUAAAGGGCUGCAUGAUAUUGGAAAAAAC